GUGAUCUGCAUCUGCGAGCGAGCUUCGUACGUGCAUGUCUGCAGCGCCCCCAAUGGCGAGCUGAUGCUGCGCAACUCGAGGUGGAAGUGACCGGGAUGGAGGUGGGGCUGCUGGACCAGCUCAAGGCCCGGGACCUGCUGCUGGUCCGCCUCCGGGAGCUCACGGCCCAGCACAAGGGCCACCCCGAGCUCACGCCCGUGCUUUUCGAGUUGGGUCGCAUCGACAAGCAGCUCAAGGACUACGAGACGAAGAAGGCUGAGGCGCAGGAGAACGUGCGGAAGUGCCGCGAGCGGCUGGGGGAGGCAACGCCCCACGUGGAGACGGCCAUGGAACUCACGAAGCUCGGGCGCAUCUUGAACCACGGGGGUGAGAUCCAUGCGGCCAAGCGGGCCCACGAAGAAUCUGUGCAGAUGCAUCGGCAGCUGCACCCGGACAACCAGUGCAACGAGCUGGCGGGGGCGCUGGGGCACCUGGGCCUGCUGCAUCGCCAGCAGGGGGACCUGGACAAAGCUCUCCAGGUCCUGGAGGAAUCCGUGCGGAUUUGGCGCGCGGUGGAGAAGAACAGCGACCAGUGCUUUGCGGACACCUUGCACGAGCUGGGCAAGGUCCAUGCGGACAGGGGCAACUUCCAGGCCGGCGAAGAGAGCCUCAAGGAGUCUCUGGAAAUGACCCGCUCGCUGCCGAAGACUGAGCUCUUGCAAGCGAGGACGCUGCGGGUGUUGGGCCAAACCUGCUGCAAGGCGGGGCACAUGGAGGAGGCCGAGACCUACUGGAUGGAGUGCCUCUCCAUCGAGAACGUGCUCUCUGGCGGCCAGGAGGUGACGAAGAUCGUCGUGGCUGGAGAGAUGUACCGCUUCGCAACGGCCUGCGAGGACGCGGGCGACUCGGCCACGGCCUUGCGGUGCCUGGAGUGGGCGCUGCACAUCAACCGCCGGGAGAACGGCUCCGCGGAGCACCCGGGGGUCGCCGCGGUGCUGCAGACCUUUGGGCUCAUGGCCCUGAAGCGGAAUGAUCCUCAAGCGGCAAAGCAGCAUCUCCAAGAUAGCUUGAAGAUGACCCGCGAUCUACAAGGGAGAGAUCAGGACAUCGCCCACACGCUGAUCUACUUGUCCCGCGCCUGGGUCCGGGAAGGCAACCUCCCCGAGGCGAAGAAGUGCAUGGACGAGGCCAUGGGCCUGAGGCACAUGCCGGACGUGGCGGUGACGGGGCUCCGGGCCAUCAGCUUGCUGUGCGAGAAGAGGGCGGAUGCAGAGGCCGGCGCGCGGUACCUUCAGAUCUGCCUGCAGAAGCUGCAGUACCUCCACGGGGAGGAGGACCACCCCGACAUCGCGGAGACGCUGCGUGCCCUGGGGCGCUUCUUCGGGGAAGGCGAUGUCCAGGACGUGAAGGUCGCCCAGAAGGCCAAGGACUACUUGCGGGACUCCCUGCAGAUGAAGCGCCGGAUCCACGGCAACACCGACCACCCGGAGAUCGCCGCGGCCCUGUACGACCUGGGCUACUUGUGUGACAACGCGGGGGACCCGGACGCGGCGAAGCGGUACCUGCAGGAGUCCUUGCGCAUGAACCGGGCGCUGCAUGGGAACACGGAUCAGCCAGGCAUCGCGGCGGCUUUGCACCUCUUGGGCAACCUCCGGGGCCGCGCCGGGGACCUGGAGACCGCCAAGCAGUGCCUCCAGGAGUCGGUGCGCAUGCAACGGCGGCUCCACGGGGAGGCGGAGCAGUUGGAGAUCGCAGCGACCUUGUUCCACCUCGGCGGCCUUUGCGGACGAGCGGGGGAUCUGGAAACCGCGAAGCAGCACUUCCGCGAGUCCCUCCGCAUCAGCCGAGCGCUGGAGGGCGGAGAGGCCCAAACCGCCAUCACGCUGCGGGAGCUGGGCGGCAUCUCGGGCCGGGGGGGCGACCUCGAGGCGGCCAAGAUGUACCUCAAGGAAUGCUUGCAGAUCCAGCGGUCGCUCUACACCGACCACAAGCAUCCGAGCAUCGCAACCACGAUGAAGGCAAUUGCCAGCUUGCCCAAGCCGGCGGAGCUGGAAAAAGGGCCCAAACCGCAUGCCCUGUUUUGA